UGUGCGCUUUUUACUAUUAUAGUGGCAUUGUUGCCUUGUGAAAUUGUCAUAUGCCUUUGAUUUUUUAAUUGAUUAAACGAUUGAAUGAAAGCGAUUGAGAAAUUUUUUAAGGGGGAGAUAGAUGAAGCUUUACUGGGAAGAUUUAAUGAAGAAUUAAGAGAGGAGGGGAGAGGAGGGAGAGGGAGAGAGGGAGGGAGGGAGGGAGAGGAAAGGAGGGGAGGGGGGGGGGAAAGAAAGAGAGGAAGAGAGGAGAGAGGAUAUAUACAAUCAUAUGAAUAUAUAAUCACAUGAUUGCCCAGUCAUCUGAUUGCCCUUUUAUUUAUAAAGUGCCACGGCAAUUCUCGACAUCCUUCUCCUCUCCUUUUCACUCUCCCUCUUUCUCAAUUCCCUUUACUCUCUCUAAAAAUUUCCCGUCUCCGAUGCCUUGCCUUAUGGCCAUGUUGCGCGUGUC